AAUUUGCUUUGUACCAAUAAACACAAUGAAUGGAGUGCAAUACAUUACAGGAAAUCUGAAUGCUAAACUAGGAAAUAAGUUAUUGUCCAAUCGACUGUCGCUAUGGUAACAAGACGCUGUCAUAUGUUGUAAGGUGACGACGGAAUCAAGCAAUAUGAAUAUCUGCACCUAGCCAGCGAUUGAGGCUACUGUUCGGGCGCCAAAAUCAUUCAUAUUCUUUGAAUUAAUUUUUCCUUGUGCUCCUAACUGCGGUGUGUUAAGCGUCCGAACGACUCGGCCUGUUACUAACGAUUAAACAGGUUCGGUUCAGCCUCUGCGUGGGAAAAGCGAGCACGAUAGUCUGGUGACGAUGUCGACUGCCUUCACUCCUAGAAAAAAACAGUCGUUAACAGUUGGUAAGCUCCGUCUUCUUACUGAUGUCGACCCUACUUAUGGCUUCAGAAGACUUAAACUCGGAGGCAGGGAAUUGGAGGAUCUUCCACGGGGACUGUUUGAAUUAACCGAUCUUGAAUAUCUAACACUAAGUCCCGACCGGAGGUCUUGUUUGUUUUUUCAGCUGCCUUCUGUGCCGAAAGAUAUUGUACGACUUGUUAAUCUGCGAAUAUUGUGUCUAGAUACAAAUGAACUGACAGAUGUGCAUCCUGCUUUAUGUCAGUUGGUCCAGCUAGAGCGGUUGGUCCUUAGCAACAAUCUCUUGACAUCACUUCCGGUUGAAUUCCAAGACCUCAAGCAACUAAAGAGCCUACAUCUCGCCAACAACUACUUUGAGGACGUCCCAGAACCUAUCUUCGCCUUGAAACAACUCGAAUUCCUCGAUAUGAGCGACAAUAAGAUCAUGGUGCUUUCAGAUCUCAUAGGUAAGCUGAACAAUCUUGAGACACUCUUACUCUUCUACAACCUUCUCGACACGCUGCCAGAAUCCAUCGGUCGUUGCACCAGGCUCAGCAAUCUGUGGCUGGGCAUGAACAAACUGACUACGUUACCACGUGGUGUUGGGAGACUGGCAAGGUUGGAUUGGGGUGAUCACGAUCACUCGUCUAACCUAGAAGGAAACCCAUUGGUCUAUCCACCCAUUCAAGUAUGCCGCAGAGGACCAAUCAGCAUCCACAGAUAUUUCAAGGAACGCAGCACCUCAAAUAAGAAUGAAGCAGUGGAUGAUGACGAAGAUGAUGACGAGGAUGAUGACGAGGAUGAUAUAUUAUCAGAUGAUUCGGGAAGCUCUCUUGAAGAUGCCGGGGACUACAGAACAAACGGACAUUCAGAGCAUAUUGGGAAAAAAUUAUACUAAGACAUGCUCUAAAAGCAGACGACCAGGUAACUCCAGAGAAGCCAGUCAAUGACACAUCACCAAGGCAACAGCCACGCCCUGAUAACCACCCUGGAAGAACACGACAAUAUGAGCCAUUGCUGAAGACGAAUGGAUCACACGAGUAAUUCGGUACACCAUUGACACACG